AUGGACUCUACGAAAGCGACCAAGGUCCUUCACCAGCUGGAGGACCUCCAGGCCUCACAAGACGUCAACAUUAUUAAAUUGAGCGAACCCAUUUCCAGUUCGGUCCCCCAAGACGGGCGCAUGAGGAAUUCCGAUGCCUCCAGCGCCUCUCUCGAUGCACCGACCCCGGCGAGUCUCGAUGCCGACUUGGCACACUACAAAGAGCUGUUCGCGAAACUACGAUUCUCGUACGUGGAACAGGUCACCAAGGAGAAAUUCAUCCGCGCGAUUGUCGGCGACCCGCCACUGAUCGUCACGAUGCAAGAGAACCUGGACCUGGAAAAGGAAAAUGCAGUGGCAAAGUCGGAGCUCAAGGCGCUGAAGCUGGAAAUGGCAGACAUGGUCACAGAACUGGAGCGCAAGGGACGUGAGCUGAGCAAGCGAUACGAGGCGAUCCAGCUGGACACGAUCAAGCUGAAGGAAUUGCCAGAGAAGGCACGGGAACUGGAGGAUCGCAUCUCGCAGCUUCAGGCUGACCGGCAACUCAAUGGAUCAGACCCCAACCAUAAUCUGCCUCUGGGCAAGACGCAAGAGCUCAUCAGCCGGAGGAAGCGCGAGCAGCAGGAGCUGGCGCGAGAGCUCGAGGCUCUCCAGUCCAAGGCUCCCCGAAAGAGAAAAGAGGUCGAGAGGCUGCAGGCUGAGCUCCAGCCGCUGGAGGCAAAGCGGCAGAAUAGCACGGCGGCCGCCAAGGAAGCCAGGAGGCGUAAGGAGGCAGCGCUUGGAGGGGUGGCCGAUGACCUCGAGCAGAGAGCUCGUUGGUGGAGGGCCAGCGAAACUGUCCUCAAGCAGGUUCUGGACAUCAAGACCUGA